CCGAACCAUUUCACUUGGAGUCCCCCGGGCGCUAAUGAUCAACGAGCACCGUGCCCGGUUAUGAACACUCUUUCCAAUCAUGGUUUCGUUCCCCAUGACGGCCGAAACAUCACCAAGGAUAUCCUAAUCAAGGCUCUCAACGAUGCGCUAAACGUCCCCGAAGCACCCGCCCUCAACAUCUUCAACAAUGCCCUCGUCGUCAAUCCUACUCCCAAUGCAACUUUCUUCGACUUGAAAAUGCUUCAUGCACACAAUGUCAUCGAGCAUGACGGCAGUCUUUCUCGCAAAGACGCCAUCUUCGACUCCACCAACUCUUUCGAUACGGGGACUUUUGAUAACUUCGUGAGCUACUUUGGAGACGAGGAGGCCAUCAACAUUAAGAUGAUUGCAAACGCUCGAGCUCGACAUGCUUUCGAUAUGAGUCUCAUCAACCCGACUUUCUCGAUCACCGAUGCUCAGAUCCCCGUUAUUGUUGGCGAGAACGCAUUCUUCCUGGCAAUCUUUGGUGACCCGGACGUUGCUGCUGCCAACAGGACGUUCCUGGAGUACUUCUUCCGCAAUGAGAGGUUCCCCGUCGAGCUUGGCUGGUCC